GAGAAUAUAAAUUCUUAUUUGGAUUGCACUGAAAUAUGAUCCACAGGCAGAAGAAGAUCUACGCAACUGGAUAGAAGAGGUUACAGGCAUGAGUGUUGGUGCAAACUUUCAGUUGGGCUUAAAGGAUGGCAUAAUCCUAUGCGAACUCAUAAAUAAACUGCAGCCAGGAUCAGUGAAGAAAAUCAAUCAAUCAGAACUAAAUUGGCAUCAGUUGGAGAACAUUGGGAAUUUUAUCAAAGCCAUCCAAGUCUAUGGUAUGAAGCCACAUGAUAUUUUUGAAGCAAAUGAUCUUUAUGAGAAUGGGAACAUGACCCAAGUUCAGACUUCCCUGGUAGCACUAGCAGGUCUGGCAAAAACCAAAGGAUUCCAUACCACAAUUGAUAUUGGUGUAAAAUAUGCAGAAAAGCAAGCAAGAAGUUUUGAUGCAGGGAAACUAAAAGCUGGUCAAAGUGUAAUUGGCCUUCAGAUGGGAACCAACAAGUGUGCCAGCCAGGCAGGUAUGACUGCAUAUGGGACCAGAAGGCAUCUGUAUGAUCCAAAAAUGCAAACCGAUAAACCAUUUGACCAGACAACAAUUAGCCUACAGAUGGGUACUAACAAAGGGGCCAGUCAGGCUGGGAUGCCAGCACCAGGCACCAGAAGAGAUAUUUAUGACCAGAAGCUCACAUUGCAACCCGUGGACAACUCUACUAUUUCACUACAAAUGGGUACCAACAAAGUGGCUUCCCAGAAGGGAAUGAGCGUGUAUGGGCUUGGACGACAAGUGUAUGACCCCAAAUAUUGUGCUGCUCCAACAGAACCUGUAAUUCAUAACGGAAGCCAAGGAACAGGAACUAAUGGAUCAGAAAUCAGCGAUAGUGAUUACCAGGCAGAAUAUCCAGAUGACUAUCAUGGCGAGUUCCAGGAUGACUAUCAAAGAGAUUACCAUGGUCAGUACAGUGAUCAGGGCAUUGAUUAUUAGAUCUGUAUCAAAAGCUCAGUAUUAGUCCAUUAUUUUAUUCAGUAAAAACGAAACUAGCCUUGUGGAAUUGUUACCCAUUUUAUUACACACUAUGCUUAAUGUUCCUUAAGAAAGAUUGCCUUACAUACAUACAUUCCUUUUUCCUUUCUCUGCCCUUCCCCUCUUCUAGUUGCCUUUAGUGCUGUAACAUUUGUAGUCUACAGCAUAGCCAAUAAUUGCAUAUGAAGUAAAAAGGAAUACUGUGAGUACUCUUGUACAGCCAAUUCUUUUAAUAAAGAUCUAUGCAUUUUCAUAACCUCCUACUUAAAUAGGUAUACACACCACAUCCACCCCUCAUUUUACGUUUAGUACUUAGGUAUCUUUUGCAUGGAAUAUUGAACACUUCCAUGCUUACGUUAAAUGCUAAAAUUAAGCUGCAGUACUUUUUCUGCAGUAUUGUUUGCUUGUGUUUAAAGUCAGACAGGAUAAAUGUGCAUUUGUGAUUGUGUAUUCAUUCCAUUAUCUAAACUGACCAAACUCCUAGAAAUAGUUGUCUUACUAAAAAGGGAGCUUGUACAAAGUCCUUGAGCCCACAAAAGUCCCAUGUUUUGAUGGUGCAUUUAUUUUUAUUGUAUGUGCCAUAAUAUAUCCAUGUAGAAAUGCUUUUCUCCCCUUGAACUGUAUUUAUUGCCACAUUUCUCAUUGAACUGAUCCCAUUGUAUUUUUAUAAAUAUUUUCUUGAAGUUACAUGACUAUCUCAUUCAUUUGUUACAUCCUCAGAACGUUAGUUGCCACGGAAAUGAUUUCCAAAUAAUCUUAUUCUUGGCUGUGCAAAGGUAAUCUAGAACCUCCUCAGCUCUGAAAAAUUCUGGUGUACAUGUCAGGCCAGACUAUGAAAUGGUAUUUUUAACUUCAAAGGUCUAGAGCAGGAGGGGCUCCUCUGCCCCAGCACAGUCUAACUGGGAACAACAUACAGAAGAAAAUACUCUCCCUGCUCUAGGGGCAGUGGUGGAACAUGUAGGAUAUCACUAGUAUCUCCCAAGGUUCGGGAGGAGGACCUAUCGAAUUACAGAUUUUGCUGGAACUUGUUCUGCUUACCUUCUCUCAUCCCCUAGACAGCUGGGGGAUGCAGACUCCAGGUUAAAACAUGGGAUGGUCUAGACAGUACUGGGUCCUGAUGUGAGGGCACGGGACUGGACAUGAGGGCAGGGAAGUGAACUAGAUUAUCUCUGGAGGUCCCUUCCAGUUCUAGUGUUCUGAUUCUAUGGAAUUUGUACUUAACCCCAUGAGAAUAAACUGCGGAGACUAGAAGGAUAUGACUAAGAUACAGGUUUUCUGCUUUUUCUGUACCUUUGAAAUAGCCGGCAUGUUUUGUCUACAUUUGCAACACAUUGUUUCUGCUGUACCAUUUCAGUGUAGAAACUUGCUUAUGAUCCACUGACUAAUAUGCUUAAAUUCAGUGGGUCGCCUCAUCUGAUCUAAGGUUGCAGUUGGAUGGGGAUCUGAAACUUAUUUAUACUGAUAGGAGGGCUUUUCCUGUUGUUGGUAUAGACAUUUCAGCUCAAUCUAGCACUGUCUCCACCAGCAGUUAGCCUAACCAAACUAUGUACAAGGCUGUGGAUUUUUCAGGCUCUUGAGUAAGGCCUGGUUUAUAGUAACUACCUUAUUUGCCUUCUCUAACAGUAGCAUCUCUGGGAGCCCUCCUGUUAACAUUAGCAGCAGAAGGGGACACUUAAAACUGUAGCUGGCGUCUUUAGCAUGAAUAAAGUAUUCACAUCAAGCAAGACAUCCUGGGUUUGUGAAAGGCCCUUAUUUCAGGGCCUCUUCUGUUAGUGAAUUCCUGCUUUUGAUAUUGGACGUUUUCAGAUUACUCAAACUCAUAGGCUACGUCUACAUUGGCCCCUUCUCCGGAAGAGGCAUGUUAAUUUCCAACUUCAGAAUAGGGAAAUCCGCGGGGGAUUUAAAUAUCCCCCUGUGGGAUUUAAAUAAACAUGGCCGCCGCUUUUUUCCGCUGUCUCUUCGAAAUGCCAGAGCUAGUGUUUGAAAGGGGCGGUCAUGGAGCCCAGGGCAGCUGGCUUCACGGCUGCCCCUUUCACAUACUGCUUUGGGAUUGUACCACACAGCUGUCUGAUAGAGGUAGCAAGGGGGAGGAGGGAUCAUUUAGUCCACUGACUAUCCAAUAAGCAUUUGCUUAUCAGCUAGUGGACUAGUCUUUAAUUUCCCUACCGGAGAUCAGCUGGAGUUCCCAGCUAUCUCCAGAUCCUAAUAUGCUGUCCCUUUGAGAUGCUGACGUGGCAUUUCCAAGGGGUAGCACUGUAUGGAGCCGGGGGUCAGCUGGGGACUCUAGCUGAACUUGGGCUCCAUGCAGUACUGCCUUGUUGAAAUGCCGUGGUGGCAUAUCAAAGGGGAGGUGCAUGCGAUUAACCACUAUUAAAUUUUUUAAAUCCCUUGCCAGCUGUACUAUUUGUCUACCAAGUCAUUCUGAAGUAUCUGCCUCAGUCAACAGAAUUAAAACAAACUUGGAAGGAAAUGUCCAUCACACCUGUGAAUUAGCGCUUUACUGCAGUUGCUCCUGUAUAGGCUUGCAUAGGAGUUCAAUCCCUAUGAAGGUAAACAACUGUGGGCACUCAGAUGCAAUAAAAUACUUAACCAACAGUCUUCAUAAUACUGCUUUUAUGUCAUAUUGAUCAGUUUUAAACUACUUUCCUGGAAAUUGCAUUUUUUUUUAAAUAAACUUGGUCAUUAGGACUAGGUCAUCCUAGUCCAACUGAA